GUCACGUGUUCAGAGGAAACCGGAAGUGGCGGACUCCUCGUUUGGCUCAUCAAAACAAAAACAUCUCCGGUUGAACCAACAUGGCGGAGAAGAGUCGGCUCGUUUAACAGUCAGAGAACCAACAUGGCGGACAGGAAGAAGCGCUCCUAGGAGGCGUCGGCUCCCUCUCCCCGGCCAUGGCGUCCCCUGCGCGGCUCCCACUCGGCCCGCACCGCGCCGCCUCGUCCUCCGGCGGGCGGCCGCCCCUCCGGCCGCCCGCCGUGUAUGCCGCUCACUCCGCGCCGGGCUGCGCGAUGGUGGAGUCGGUGGACGACGCGGAGGGUCUGUACGUGGCGGUGGAGCGGUGCCCGCUGUGCAGCACGUCCCGCCGCAGGCUCACCUGCGCCCGGUGCGUCCGGGCCGGAGACUUCGUGUCCUUCGACGGGAGGAGCAGCGAAAGAUACGUUGAGAAGUUGGAGCGGCUGAAGAAGCUGAAGGAGGAAAAGGAGCAGCUGCAGCACAGAGUCAUUCAGGACAUGGACAGGAAGCUGCAGGCUGACGAGAUGCAAUGGAAGAUCAUGUCGUGUAAGAUGAAGAUCGAGCAGCUGAAGGAGGCGGUUGCUGGGGGCAACGAGGAGGUGAAGAGUGAUAAGGAGCUCCUCCUGCACUCUCAGGAGGAGAGCCAGCGGCUGCAGCGCCGGGCCGGACGGCACCAGGAAAAACGGGACAAGAUCGAGCGUCACAACCGGCGCCUGGGGGACCUGCUGGAGAGACGCAGCCGGGAGCUGCAGGGCCGCCUGGGCCACCUGGCCGCUCUGAGGCGAGACCACAUCCUGGAGCUCACCACCCACAUCUUCCACACCCAGGAGGAGAAGCAGGGCAGCAGAGACCCCGCAGACGUGGUGGCAGAUUGCGACCCCGCGUUGACCUCCAGCACGGUGAGCGAGCUGGCCGAGGCACGGAGGACCACCUACCUGUCGGGACGCUGGAUCUGGGACGACCAGAACGGAGAGACCAGCAUCAGCAUCACGGGACCCCCCGUCACCCUGCCCAGCAACGGAGACUGCUCCGCCUACUACAGCUGGGUGGAGGAAAAGAGCACCAAUCAGGGCCCAGAGUUGGACCACAUCAACCCGGCCCACACCGUCAGCGCUGCUCUCUGCUACGCCACACAGCUCGUCACCAUCCUGUCUCACCUCCUGGACGUCAACCUGCCCAAGAAACUCUGCAACAGUGAGUUCUGUGGAGAGAAUCUGAGCCGAUACCGCUUCACCAGAGCCCUGAGCAAACUCAACACCAACAUCCUCCACCUCUGCUUCUCACAGCAUGUCAACAGUGAGAAGCUCCACCCUCAUCACACUCUGAGGAACAUCAUGUUUCUGGUUGCCCCCGACAACAACAACCUGGGCAGAACGGGUCCGUUUGAGGUGAGCGCAGACUUGGAGGAGUCAAUGGAGUUUGUGGAGCCGGAGGCUGCAGGACCGGCGGAGGAGAGCGGAGACGAGGCUGUGACGGACGAGGAGACGGACCUGGGGACGGACUGGGAGACGGUGCCCAGUCCUCGAUUCUGUGACAUCCCAUCACAGUCCAUGGAUCUUUCCCAGAGUGCAUUGCAGGUGUCCCAGCCCUCUGCCAACACUGGAGGGAUGAUCUCGUCUGCUGCUGCCUCUGUCACUUCCUGGUUCAGGGCUUACACCGGCCAGCGCUAAACCGGACCAGAACCAUGGGACCUGAACCACUCUGGAUCGAACUGGUUCAUGUCUGGACUCCUGGAGGUCUCAAACUUUAGACUGGGGUCCGGUCAGGCUGGUUCUGAAUCUUUAACGCAACUUCCUGCAGACUCUAAACAUCGGACCCACGAGGACCCACGAGGACCCACGAGGACCCACGAGGACCCACGAGGACCCACGAGGACCCACGAGGACCCAUGAGGGAUCGUCUUCGCUUGAAGCUUCAGAAAGUCCUGUUGAGAUUAUUUAAUUUACUGAAUUUAAAGUGAACUCUUAAUUCAGAUUAAAUAUUUAGUCCCCCAUGUUUAUAAUCUAUAACCAGGAUGUAUAAACAUGUAAUAACUGGUUUAUUAUCACACAGGACAUCAGGGGGUCUGACCAAUGAGGGGCCACCAAACCAUGGAUCAAUAAUUCAAUUGAUUCAUGGAUCAAGACUUCAGUAUCAGAUCGGUCCGUCAGGUUCAUAUAUAAUCAAUAUGUUUCAGAUCGGAGUCAGAUGAUCAAUAUUAAUAACAGUGUGUUAUAAAUGUGUAUUACACGUUUAUAAACUGAUACAAAAUGAUACAUGUAGGGGACUUAAAUGUAGGUUUUAAUAACAUAUAAUAUCCUGUCUGACUUCCCCGCGGCUCGUUCUACGGGACGUUCCCCGUGGUUCUCCGGGUUUGGAGCAGCGGGUCCGUCAGAACUGAGUGUAAACGUUUCUUUGAAGGCUUGAGAACCCAGUUCUCCUUCAACGGGUCAAAGUGUGUUUUAAAGUGUGUUCAAAAUAAAAUCCUGUUUCCUGUUUUGAACUCAA